AUGAUCUUAGUACAAUUCUUCGACCUGGGUGGUGCUGGUACAUUAUGUAACGAAAAUCAAGACCAUUUUGAAGAAGACAACGAGCAUGAACUGGUUGAACAAGACGAACACCCAGAACUCGAAGGAAUGAACGAUGAAGAUAUGACAAAUUUAUCUGAUCAUCGAACAACGUCAUUUAACUGUGAAUCAUCGUUGCGAGGAAGUCGAACUGUUGCUGGUGAUGACGAUGGCGAAGGAAAUGAAAGCGGCUUUCGUGAAAUGGAAACAUUAAAAUCAAUUGAAAAUAAUAUGUUUUCUCUACAACAAACAGUUGCAUCAGAUAUGGCGGCAAUAAAUUAA